GGGAGGGUCCUUGGAGACACUGGCUUGCAGAGCUCCAGCCCCCACCUCUCCUGUGCACUGGAAUUCUGCUGGAACCUUGGCAACAUGAGCCUCUUAGGGGCCCUCAGCAGCCCCUGCCCUCGGCCCAUCCCAGGGCUGCUGCUCUUAGGGCUGCUGCUCCUGCCAGCUGUGGUCAUCUUCGUCAGUGCCGAACCAGAAGAAGGAGAUGGGGACCUGCACUGCAUGUGUGUGAAGACCACCUCCUCAGUGCAUCCCAAGCACAUCACCAGCCUGGAGGUGAUCAAGGCAGGACCCCACUGCGACACCGCUCAGAUGAUAGCCACUCUGAAGAAUGGGAGGAAAAUUUGCUUGGACCCGCAGGCUUCCCUGAAUAAGAAAGUAGUCAAGAAACUCCUCCAGAGUUAGCUACCAGCUGCCCUUCUGGAGUUCACUGUGUAGCAUGUUUGGGUUUUGUUCACUUUCAAUAUAACUGCAAAAGAAUCUUCUAAUGUUUUUAUUAUCCUUCAAAUCUUAAAAAUAAAUGGAAUGAAUCUGGU